AUGUCGCGGUCUCCGUCGCCCGCGUCGUCGCUUGACUUUGUUGACUCGGACCCCUCGGGCUCAGAGGACGAGUACCAGCCCGUGGCGAGGCCCAAGGCGCCGCCCAAGCCCCAGAAGGCCGCAGGUGGUGGUGGUGCCGCCGCCCGUCCGUCGUCGGGGAUCAAGAUCAACUUGACGGCGCUGCAGCGCGCUCGCGAAGUUCAGGCAGCUCACCCUGCCGAUACUGGAGAGGAGGCGUAUGAAGAGUACCAGCCGGGGGAGGAUGAAGAGGGCGGCUUCCUGGGCGGGGAGGUUGUUGGACCGAGGGUUGUCGACCUCUCAAGCGAGUCGCUCAAGGCAGACCAUUCGUCACGGCCUCUGUGGAUCGACGGGUCUGGUAACAUCAUUCUCGAAGCGUUCGCGCCCCUCGCAAGCGCCGCGCAGGACUUUCUCAUCGCCGUCGCCGAGCCCGUGUCCCGCCCCACACUGAUACACGAGUACCGCAUCACCAAGCCGUCUCUGCACGCCGCGAUGAGUGUCGGUCUCGAGACCAAUGACAUUAUCGAGGUGCUCUCGCGUCUGUCCAAGAUUCCUCUCCCGCGCAAGCUCGUGGAGCGCAUUCGUGACUGGACCAGCUCGUACGGCAAGAUCAAGCUCGUUCUCAAGCACAACCGUUACUGGCUCGAGUCGAGUGUACCCGAGUACCUCCAGCUACUGCUAAAGGACGAAGUGAUCAAGACGUGUCGCGUCCACCGCGAAGAAGAGGACGCUGGCGACGUGACGUUUGGCGUCGAGCAGGUCUCCAAGCCCAAGCGCGACUAUCUCAUCCCCGGUACCGAGGAGGCUCGCCGCGCCGAGCGCGGUGAGGUUGCAGGUGGUGCCGGAGGCGAGCGUGAGCGCGACGACGUUAUUGGUGCUGUUAUCGGUAUCAACGAGACGGACGAGCUGGACGAGGACGACGCCGUCCAGAGCUUUGAGGUGGCCGGUGAGAAGAUGGAGGAAGUCCGUCGCCGCUGCAAGGACAUUGAUCUCCCGGCGCUCGAAGAGUAUGACUUCCGCAACGACCACCGCAACGCCGACCUCGACAUUCAGCUCAAGCCCAUGACCGUUAUUCGUCCAUACCAGGAGACGUCCCUGUCCAAGAUGUUCGGUAACGGCCGUGCCCGUUCGGGUAUCAUUGUGCUGCCAUGUGGUGCCGGCAAGACCCUUGUCGGUAUUACUGCCGCGUGCACUAUCCGCAAGAGUACACUUGUGCUGUGUACCUCGGCCGUGUCGGUCGCUCAGUGGAAGCAGCAGUUCCUGCUCUUCUCCAACAUUGCUGAGCGCAACAUUUGCGCGUUUACGCAGGGCGAGAAGGAGAUCUUCCACGGUCCAGCAGGUGUCGUCAUCUCGACAUACUCGAUGAUUGCCAAGACUGGUAAGCGUGCCCACGACGCCGAAAAGGUCAUGGCCUUCCUGCGAUCGCGCGAGUGGGGUUUCCUCCUCCUCGACGAGGUGCACGUCGUUCCCGCCGAAAUGUUCCGCAAGUGCGUCAACGGAUUCAAGGUGCACGCCAAGCUCGGUCUCACAGCCACCCUCGUGCGUGAAGACGACAAGAUUGGAGACCUCGGCUACCUCAUUGGUCCCAAGCUGUACGAGGCCAACUGGAUGGACCUGGCCAAGAAUGGUCACAUUGCGACCGUCCAGUGUGCCGAGGUGUGGUGUCCAAUGACGCCCCAGUUCUACCGCGAGUACCUGCGUAACCCCUCUCGCAAGCGCAUCCUUCUUCACGCCAUGAACCCCAACAAGAUGCAGGCCGCCCAGUUCCUUAUCAACUACCACGAGUCACGAGGCGACAAGGUGAUUGUCUUUUCUGACAAUGUCUUCGCCCUCGAAGAGUACGCAAUCAAGCUUGGCAAGUCGUUCAUUCACGGUGGAACCCCGGAAGGCGAGCGUCUGCGUAUCCUGUCACGUUUCCAGCACGACCCUCACCUCAACACCAUCUUCCUGUCCAAGGUCGGCGACACGUCCAUCGACCUUCCCGAGGCGACGUGUCUUAUUCAGAUCUCGUCCCAUUUCGGCUCGCGUCGUCAGGAAGCUCAGCGUCUGGGACGUAUUCUUCGUGCCAAGCGUCGUAACGACGAGGGCUUCAAUGCCUUUUUCUACUCGCUGGUCUCCAAAGACACGCAGGAGAUGUUCUACUCGUCCAAGCGCCAGGGAUUCCUCAUCGACCAGGGUUAUGCCUUCAAGGUCAUCACCGAGCUGCACGGUAUUGACAAGAUGGAGGGUCUCGUGUUCCCGGACGCGGCAAGCCAGCUGUCGUUGCUUGAAAAGGUUCUUUCCACUGGCUCGGAAUCGUGGGAGACGGCAGACCACUACAUGCGUCUCAACGGCAAGCACCAAAAGGCGGCGUCUUCGAAGCAACCGCGCCUCUCCGCCCCGUCCGGAGGUGCCGGUCCAGCCCAGCGCUUCGCCGCUCCCCUCGAGCACCUCUCUGGUGGUCUCCACAUGAGCUACCAGGAGCAAAACAAAAGCGUCAACAAAGAGCUUGCUCGCGAAGAGCGUGCAAACAAGAAGGCGCGUGUCGGUCAAGGCCAGGGCGGCUCGCAUGCCAUCUUCCGCAAGCGUGCCACCGAGCUCGCGGCGGUCAAGAAGCGCAUGAACGGGCCAUAG